AAUUGCAAAGGAAAAACAGAUUGGUCAUCUUCUCAUCGGACAUCUUGCUAGAUUCUUUGCACUCUUGUUGAAAUCUUCAAUUCGUCGAGCAUGCUAUACGCUACGAAUUUUCUAUGUCCUACUCCGUAGGCUAGGACGCAUGUGUAUUUGCCUCGACCAUGAUACCUCCUCUACUAGAAUCUGACUUCAAGAAGAGUUGCGCCCUGCAAUAUGUUCGAGCGGCCUGCCUACGAUCCAUACACUCCAGACAGAUAUCCACCGGCCUGGUGACCGACCACAUAUUACGCUUGCAGUACCAGUGGACAUUGCAUCUCCGCAGCAUCCAUUGCACCUGACGCCACCUUCACACCCCAAUUCCAGAAACGACUUUAGCAUAGGGACUGUAGAUGAUAUUCCAGUUUCAAAUGCCAGCUUUGACAGUGGACCACCUCAAAUCGUCCUAGAAAUGAACACAACAGGCGAGCCGCAAUUUGUAUUCUCGGGACACGCCGCUGCGCUAUCCGAGCGCAUCAUCAAACUAGUACCAAUCAUACCGACCGACGUCAAACGCUAUCAUAGAAACAUGAAAAUGCAAUGGGCUGAACCGAAUCGCUUCGUCCUCACUCCUAAAGACAACAAGGAGGUGCAACGUGGGUGGCGCGACUUUGUGCACCCGGAAGGUCCCAGAGUUUAUUAUCACCACGAGACAAGAGUUUUUACGGAUGCAGACAUGCGCCUAGGCAAGAUGGAAUCGAAGCGUCUCCUGGGGAUGGCUAAAGCCCUCAAGGAUUAUGCAAAGAGUCAAUCAGACGUACAGGCCAGGAUCGGUGAUGGAACGGAAUUGGUGCUCGAGCUUUACAACGAAAAAGGUCGUACUAGCAUCAUCGAGUCUUGUGGCUACUAUUUUGUCGAUCACGUGAAGAGGGUGAUAUUUUGGGCCCAUUCAUAUACUUGCGAACCACAUGUGUAUUCAUUGGAAUCGCAAUACUGGUAUCACUGCGAGCUUUAUCCUCACAACCGAUACCUUCCGAGACAAGUCUUUGAAGAGCUGAGGGAAAUCAUUGUUCAUGCAAACGCAGCAACCACCACCUCGGAUACAUCACUGGCCCCUUUUGAUGGCAAUGAACUAGCGAAGAUUCUGGAUCUAAUAGACCGUAUUGAGGGCAGCAUCGAUAAAAUGCAUGCUUAUUCUGUAUUUGUUGUAGCUCGGUUCAUGAGAUUGUUCACCAAAGUCAAAUACACAAACUUCUGCGGACAACCUGCCUGGGGCGUUGACGCCGAAAGAUCCAUCUAUUACAAAGAGGGCCACGAGCGCGAAACACUCAUCUUCAGGCUCUUAAACCUAAUCCUUUGGUGUGGGCCACGUAAACACUAUAAGCGUAUAAGGAGAGUAUGGGUGGACGAGAUCAUCAAUGCCCCGCGCUGGAAAGACUUUAUCAUCCAACUAGAUAACGAGUGGCUGGGAUUCACGCUCUAUUCCACUGUUAUGCUGGCUGUUGAUCUCUUUGCUCUGCAAGUUCGCUUUUGGUUGCUGUGCUACUUGUCGACCAAAGCAAAGACUAUCGGACUGCCGAGGACGGGGCUUUAUACAUGUCCCUGAUGGCCGCAAUUCCUGGAAUUGAAAACUUAGCAUUGAUGCAUAGCUUGCCGUAUGCACUCCUUGUAUGGGCGAUGGUAUUCUUCGGCCUCGCAUCGUCUAUCCUCAUUUUCGAUACCAAUGACGUUGUAACGCUCGCGACGAUGAUCCCUGGAUGGACAAUAGUCUUGAUACUCACGUUGUGGCCUAC